UUCUUAUCGAACGGUAUCAUCCUCUGGAUUCGAGACAUUGCUAACACAUUCCUUGUGGUAGCUGGAAACCCUCAAAAGUUGCUUUCUUUCCAGAACCUCAUCACGUCGGUGUCUUCUGGAGUCGGUGCUGGAGGUGGAGCUGCAGCACCCGCCGGAGGCGCUCCAGCUGCCGCUGCCCCUGCUGCAGCUGCUCCAGCAGCCGAGACAAAGAAGAAGGAAGAGCCCAAGGAGGAGUCCGACGACGACAUGGGAUUCGGCCUUUUCGAUUGAGUCUGUUGUUGGUUGUUAUUGA